AUGGUCGGGAUUCUUGUCCGGGACGCGGCGAUGGCUAUGACUGGAAUCGAGCUCGCGAGGCGCGUGCCGGACUACCUCCGCCGCAGGACCGCCGCCCGCCGUGAGCUGGACGACGCCCUUCCUGACGUCGACGACACCGUUCCGGAGGUUGACCACAUCCUUCCCGAGCUUGACGACACCCUUCCCGACUGUGGGGUGCCGUUUGACAAGGACCGCGUCGGGCAGUGCUGCGGCGACGGAGGACACCAGAUGGACGACCAGAUGGGCUUCCAGCACCCCGAGUUCUACUUGAAGAGGGAAACGACGACCUCCGCCGCGGACGCCGUCUGUAGGGUGCCCAGCUUCCUGCACGAGGACGGGGCGACCAGCUCGGACGGCGCCUUGGAGAUGACCGUGUCCAUCGCCCCGUUCGAUGUGCAUACGGACGGCAUGUACUCGUUUCCCACGUACUUCCGUGGCUUUCAGGUGGCGCAUUCGCUCGAGGACCUCUGUGUUGCCCCGGAGGUGACCGCCCCCUCCGGAACGGACACCUCCUUCAUGGAGGGCGAGACGCUGUGCUUGGUGGUUCCUAUCCGCAAGUACCCGAGAGCCAGCAAGACCGACGACGAGACGUUCGCGGCCCUUACCUGCGAUGAGGCCGGCGCAUGUGUGCUCGCCACGUUGCCCACCGUGGCGCCCCUCGAUCUUCGCCACAUUCACGAGCGUCUCGUGCUGGCCGAAGCGAGUCACGCUGGGCUUGAAUUGCUGCGGCAGACCGCAGACCUCCAGCGCCUCUUCCUCGAGUGGGAGGGGACCAUGGUGUGCCACGCCAUCGACCCCGAUGAUGAUGAUGAUGAUGAUGACCACAGCGACCCCCCCACCGUGUACACCUUCGCCUGGGCAAAGAGAGUGAUGUCAAGCGUUGGAGCGCUGGCGCGUCCUGUGCUCGAGCAUGUUGGAGGCUAUGUGACGACCGUCGGCCAGCGCCUCUCGGCGAUCAACGUGUCGGCGAUGCUGUCAAGAUGCUUCGGGAGCAUGGCGGCUAUUUCCCCGUCGCACUUCGACCUCGCCUGGCUUUCAGCCUGCGAUCUGCUGGUUGGUGUUCUGCUGCUCGAUGUCGUCGUUCGGGCAUCAAAGUUCUGCUGGCGCUCUCUCGGAGGUGGUGGCGACGAGGGGGCGGCUGACGGCGGCAAAGCAAAGCCGCCAGCCCCAUCCGUCGACGACCAGUCGGUACCCGAGUGGGCGCGGAUGUUCCGCGCAGACUUGGCGUGUGCAGAGACGCGGAUGAAGGGGGAGAACCUUGCCGACCUCGCCUCUGUGCACGCAAUCUUCAACCGGGGAUUCAGCGACCAUUCUCGCGCUCCGGAGCGGAAGAUGAAGGAAACGCUGAAGAAGCAGAAGGCGGAGUUGAAAAGGGGAUUUGCGGAGCAGGCGGAGGCGCUGAAGCGCAAGUACGCCGCCGACCUGAAGGCCGGUCUUGCCGCCGAGCGGGCCGCGGCUGCGUCGUUCCAGGCCCAGGCCGAGGCUCGCUUGCGGCAGGCGAUCACGGCCCUGGCGAGGGAAGCAAGCGAGGGCAAGCAGCAGCACGACGUGGACCCUCCGGUAGCGGCCCCCUUCCAUGGCUCGGCGCUCGUGGGCGGGCACGAGGAGACGAAGGAGGAGGGGCAGACUUUGGGGAAACGGAAACAGCCGGGCCGGAGGGGGCUGGGCAAGGGAGGAAGGAUGCCACCGCCACCGCAACCGCACCCGAGCGGCAAGUAAGACCGGCGACGCCUCGAAAGGGUCGUGCGGCAACUCUGGGGGUGGGGUGGAUGGGGGAGGGCAUGGAGGGUAUCUGCACCGGCGCGUAGUACCACCCACAACUUCAGCCGACCAGCUUGCGGCGAGAAUUCAUUUAUUUGGUUUCGGUUUUCUGAUUAGCACCCUCCGGGGG